AAUGAAGGAGCAGUAAAAUUUUUUGAUUCAAAAAAAUUGCUAGUUAAUAAUUUGUACUAUAAUUUUAUUGUGUUUUAUAUGCCUUUAACUGCUCCCGAAUUUCCCACCAGAGUGGUGCAAAUGCUACCCAAUUCAGAAGACAGCAAAACGUGCCGGGUUUAAUUCAAGCGGCAUUUGGGAGAAACCAAAAAAAAAAUACAACAAAAAGCGUGCGCGUUGCUUGUGGCCCGCUGUAAUUAGGUUAAAAGUGGAAACGGCUGAAAACAGCAGCAGCAUCGUGUGGUUAGAGUGACAGUCACCUGCAGCAAUAUUAAUCAAAAACAAUGGCACACCAGCAGCAGGGCAUGGAUUCGGCAUUGUUCGAGCGACGACUACGACCGGUCUACGACAAUCUGGAAGUGGGGAACAAUCGCAAGGCACUACAGGAAUCGGAAAAACUGCUACGCAAACAUCCAAAUUUACUCUGCGCACGUGCUCUCAAGGGAUUAUCGUUGCUACGUCUGGGCCGCUACGAAGAGAGUCAUAGCUGCCUGCAAACCGUAGCCGAAGAGAAGCCCGUAGAUGAUUCCACGUUGCAGGUGCUCUCCUUUUGCUAUCGCGAAAUGGAACAACUGGACAAGAUAGUUGAACUUUAUCAGCACGCUGUCAAACAGAAUCCGGGCAAUGAGGAGCUGCUGGCACAUCUAUUCGUAUCGCAUGUGCGCGUCGAGGAUUACAAGGCGCAGCAAGCGGUUGCCCUGCAGCUGUACAAGGCCCAGCCAAAGAAUGCCUAUUACUUUUGGUCCGUUAUUAGCGUGGUAUUUCAAGGCAUACGUGGCCCUGAAAGCUGCAUUCCCGAGAAGCGUAAGCUUUAUUUGGCGCUGGCUCAACGCAUGGUUGACAAGCACAUCAAGGAGAGUAAACUGGAGACGGAGCAGGAGGCUUUCCUGUAUUUGCACAUAUUAAAGCUACAAAGCAAGUACCAUGAGGCCUGGGAUUUCCUUACCGGAGAGCUGUGCGCCAAAUUAUAUCCUGGCGCGCCCGUUAGCAUGAAGUUCGAGCUGCUUAAGGAGCUGGGCAACUGGCUGGAACUGAACAAGCUACUGCAACAGCUUCUCGAAGCCGAUCGCGAUCGCUGGGACUACUACAAGGAGUAUCUGCAAAGCUGCUUUGAGAUGUUGAAGCAGCAGCCCGCAGAACAGGAUCAGCCGACUUUUACGCUCAACACUUGCCAUGAUUUUCUAUUGCACAUCAUUGAGUCCUCAACGCGCAAGACACGUGGUCCAUAUUUAGCACGUCUGGAGCUGCACCAGCGCAUGCGUGCGAAACAGCUGCCGGCACAGGAGCUAAUCGGUGAUUUUGAUGAACUGAUCAUUGAGUAUUUCAACCUGUUUGGCGAUAAAUCCUGCUGCACCCACGACAUAGCACUGUUUCUACCCUCCAUAAGCAUGGAGCAACGUCAAUCGCUGGCCAACAAACUACUACUUGAAAGCGGUAUUAGCUCUAACAGCUUGCCGCAAAAUAAGGAGCACAUGCAGAAGCAUAUUUGUGCACUGCAAAUUUCUCGCAUGUGCGGCGCUCACAUUGAGCUGGCCACAGAACAUCUGCUAGCCUUUUAUACGGCUCUCAAGUUACACUAUGAGCAUGGGCAUAGUUCGUUUGGCAAACAGCUGCUGUCUACGGAAAUGGGACCCUCGGAUCCGUAUGCACUGCUGGCGGCUAAUGUUAUGUACGAUAUUUCCAUGCGGGAACACAAAUCGGAUCAGCUAUUCGAGGCGUUAUGCCUGCUGCAAUAUGUGUUGCGCAAUAGCACCAGUAAUUUCCAUGUUAAGCUGCUCAGUCUGAAAAUCUAUCACAUGUUCGGAUGUAUGGUCGGCGCACAGGAGAUGUAUGACUAUUUGGACAUUAAGCAAAUCCAAUUGGACUCGAUGGGAUAUGUGCACUGCAACCUUUUGCCGCUGUCCGGCCGCUUUUCUGGCGUGCGCAAUUGCUACGAUACCACAUUGAAGUUCUUCACCAAUAGCUAUAAAGAGCGUCUGGAGUAUAUAGCGUUGACCUAUCGCUUCUGCACAUUCUCAAAAAUGGAGGAGUUUAUGAACUUCAAGGAGCGCCUCACAAACAGUCUGCUGUAUGUGGCCUGCUCAGUGGAGGCGCAGCUGUGCGAUCUAGUCAGCUGCUAUGGCAACAUUCAGCAAAAUCUAACCGCAUAUGUGGCCAUGAGCAUAGAGCCGGCCGAGGAUCGCAUUGCCUGGCAUGAGUUAAGCGAUAAUCGUGAUUUGCAGGCAAUCAUACGCUGGGAUCCACUGCAUCUGGAUAACACGGAAGCUGAGCGUAAGGAGUCAUACGAACAAGAGAUUGAGGUGCUACAAUUGCGCUCACUGCUGUUACGCUUGUUUGCCUCCUUUAUUGACUUGUAUCAUCCACCGCCCAGCGAAAAGCUGGCCAUGUCGAACAACAAAACGACGACGCUAGCGCCGGGCGAGGAUGUAGCGACGCUGGAGCUUUUACGCACAUCAUGGACGGGCCUGUAUCAGCGUCUGCGUCUUAUGAACUAUAAGCCGCUAUCGCAACGUUUUCUAGUCAAUUUGCAGCCCACGCGUCUUCAUCUGCUGCUAGAGCUACCAUACGAGCGAUUUUUCGAUGACUUGGCCCAGCUAGUGCUGGAUCUUUACAGUGGUGCAUCGCAGCUGGCGCUGCAGUGCAAGCGGGUCAGCGAGAACGUUACUGCCGUCAUGGAGCUGUGCGUGCAGACGAUCACGGAGAGCAAUGAAUGGAAUGGCAUGGAUGGUCUUUGGAAGCGGCGCGAACAUCAACAAAAGGUGGCCGCCUGUUUAGAGAUACUCUCACUUUAUGCCUUCCUGCUAUCGGUGCUGAAUGACAAGCUGCAAUGCAGCGCAAAGACAAAAACAAAAAAGAAAGCAGCGGGUGAUAACAGAUCACAGGAGCCGAUUAGCGAAAAGGAGCGCAGUCAAAUGCUGCAGGAACUGAUGCGUCAAUUGAAACAUAAACUGGAGGCCUGUGAUGCAGCCAUACGCAUUUGGAAACCGCCUACACUGCCACGGGACCUGAGCUCGUUCAUGGCCGACAUGUCACUAAAACCGGAGGUGGAGGCUACGUUAAUAGGCGAUGUGUCAGCCACGUUCAAGGAGUCCCAUGAGCUAAUGGUCACCGAGUUGCGCAAUUUGUUAAAAGACAAAAUACGCAUGAUUGGCAAAUAGGGUUUCCCCCCAUUGACUUUGCUGUGCAAAGUCUUGAUUUAUCUUCCCAACUUGCGCUAUCUAUAUUUCCAGUCAUCCAGCCCUGUCCAGCCCAAUUUGUUAUUUAAUAUUUUAAACAAGGCUAUUUAUAUGCCCCGCUCGCUAUCCUAUAAAUCACUAUUUCAUCUAAUUACAAUCACCAAUCAAAUUA